AUGUCAGUGCAGCGCAAUAUACAAAAAACUCGAUAUAUUUUGUCUGCUCCAGCUGAUACAACACGCCGAAAACAUGUCCAUUUUCGUGAAAUUCAUAGUGAAGAGUCGACACGAAGACACGAAUGCCAAUCAGGCAGCUUACAGCCAUCAAUAUGUCAACCACAACUUGCGCUGGAUGACUCUGAUGAGAGUUUUUCGCACACUUUGAGUCAUAGCAGCGCUACCACGUCGAACACUACGAAUUCGGGGUGCUGUGACAUUAGAAGUAGUCAAAGCUUUUAUCGCUUGCCAGACGAUUUACUCGCACGUGGCGAUUUCAUAGCUUAUCAGGGUGCCAAUGUAACGGAUUUUUUCAAUACGACGAACACUACACGGCCGAAACGUGUCUCGGAGAUUUGUUUAGUCAAUGAUCAUUAUAUUUUGGUAAAGAUUCCUGCAUCUCAAAUGGAACAUGUGGCCGCUAUGGAUACAAUUGCUGAAGAAGAAGACAGAUCGACUGAUAGUUGUGCGCAACGGAAAGGUUUCUUGCGUUAUUUUCCUUGUCAAAGAAACCGACGCGUACUACCUUUGACAACCGUGAGUAGGGUGAAAAUGGAAGAAGCUGCGAACUCGAGCGCUGACAAAACUCAUGCUAUGCUAAAGUGUCCACUAGCGCAUUGUUGGCGUGUAAAUGAAGCGCCUGAGGUGUUUGACACUCGCACAAAAGUUUUCGGACUAUUUUUGAAACAGAAAGCGCCUGGAAAAGUGAUAACAAUGCAACCUAGUAAAAGUGACACAGCGGAACCAUUGGAUCUGCGUUACAAGAGAGCACGUAUCGCCGAGAAUGGCUUACCGGUUCUAGAUAAUGACAACAAAGUUGAUAAAGGCGCUUUUGGUAGUCCUUUAACCACGCCCUCAAAAGUGGCGCCAACACCAACUUUGUUCGGCGGUGCUUUGCAGACAUCAUUACAUGAAGCAGUCUCGCUAGAACAACACGCAGCCUGGGUAAAUAAUCAUGACUUGGAUAUGAAGCAACUUUUUCGGCAGGACAACACCAAAUCACCAGUGGAAGGCAAGGCAACAAAACGGCGCACAAAUGUAUUUCGCUGGUUCUUCAAGCGCACGAAAGCGCCAAAGCCCAAAAACAAAAUUCACGCCGUCGUUUAUAAAACAUAUUUCGUGCGUUGGAAAAAUCCACCCGACGAGAAAUGCCCACAUUGCGGACAUUCCAGAAAAGACGAUGUGACUGCGGUUGCAACAUGCAAAUGGCAGCGUUGCCGUUCCGCCACGUUUUAGUUGUUCUCCAAGACCCAAUAUAUUGUGAUAAAGAGUUAAGAAAUACAGGUUGUGAAUAUUCGUA